AUGGCGGAUGAUUUUGCCGAAGACUUGCAGAAGGAGGUGACGGAUGAGAAGACAAAUGCAAAAUCCUAUGCGGAACUGGCGGCUGCGAAGUCGGCCGAGAUCAAGGCCUUGGAGGAAAAGGUGGUGGCGAAAACACAGGAAAAGGCGCAGUCCGAGAGCACUUUUGAAGCAUCUAAGAAGGACAUCAAGGUUACCAACAAAUCCCUUGAAGCUGACAUCAAGUUUCAAGCUGCUGUGGAGCAACGCUGCACAGGGAGUGAUGCAAAGUUUCAAGAGCGCAUGCGAAGCCGCUCUGACGAGUUGACAGCCGUGUCCAAGACACUGCAGGUUCUUCGGAGUGAUGAAGCGCGGGACUUGCUGGGCAAGUCGGUGUCUUUCUUGCAGCAGUCCUCUCGAAGCGCAAAGGCAGAAGAAGCCAUGAAGAGAGCCGGAGCCUUGCUCAUGGAGAAUGGGCAGAGGCUGCAGGCUCAGGGGCUCAUCACGCUUGGACUCCAAAGCAGGAUUGAUUCAUUCACCAAAGUGAAAGCCUCCAUUGCUGAGAUGGUGUCCGUUCUGAAGAAGCAGCAAGAUGAUGAAGUUGCGCACCGGGACAUGUGCGUGGAUGACCUCAAUCAGAAUGGCCUCGACACGGAGGAGAAGAAAGGUUUGAAGGGCCGAUCCGAGGACAAGAUUAAGGCAUUGAAGUCCAAAAUCACGGACUGCAACAGUGCCAUCGCCGCAUUGACAGCAGAGGUGGAGGAGAUGAAGAUGCAAGUGCAACUUGCAGGCGAAGCGCGCCAGAGCCAGGCUUAG